CGGGAAGGGCUCGGCAGGCUGAGGUUGAGUGACUGCGGCUGGGUCCUAAGAGGGAGGGGCCGAUGCGGAAGAGAUGAAUCGGACAAAAGUUGAUGAAGAGGAAUACUGGCAUAGCUCCAAGUUUAAGGCUUUCACAUUUGAUGAUGAUGAUGAUGAACUCUCCCAGUUGAAGGAAUCCAAACGGGCAGUAAACAGCCUUCGGGACAUUGUGGAUGAUGAUGACGAUGACCUGGAGAGGGUCAGCUGGAGUGGAGAACCUGUGGGGAGCAUCUCUUGGUCUAUCAAAGAGACAGCUUCCAGUGGUGGCCCCACUCUUGAGGGACGUGAACAGCUAAAGGCUCGAAACAGCUUAUCCUCAUAUCCUCCACUUCCCAAGCCUACCUCCUCCUACUCUUUGAGUAGCUUCUUCAAAGGAAGAAGCAGACUUGGGAGUUUCCAGUCCCUUUCAGAUGCCCUCUCAGAUGUACCUCCCAAAAGCUAUGCUCCAGAGCUGCGAAGACCUAAAGGUGAAUACAAGGAUUACAGCAGUGACUGGAGCCUCAGUGACACAGUCAGGCGCCUGCAGAAGGGUAAGGUUUGCUCCCUUGAGAGGUUCCGCUCCCUGCAGGACAAGCUCCAACUUCUGGAAGAAGCAGUAUCUAUCCAUGAUGGGAACGUCAUUACUGCAGUUUUGAUCUUCCUCAAGAGGACCCUGAGCAAAGAGAUCCUUUUCCGAGAGCUAGAAGUACGACAGGUUGCUCUGAGACAUCUCAUUCACUUUCUUAAGGAAAUAGGUGAUCAGAAGAUGCUUCUGGACCUCCUCAGGUACCUUGAUAGAACAGAAGAACUUGCACUGUCCCAAUACCAAGAGCAUUUAAGCAUCCAAGACCCUGAGAAGCGGAAAGAAUUUCUCAAGAGUUGCAUUGGUUUACCAUUUUCAGUGGAAGAUGUUGCUCACAUACAAGACCAUUAUACACUCCUGGAACGACAGAUCAUCAUUGAGGUGAAUGAUCGACAUCUGGAAUCUUCAGGACAGACAGAAAUCUUCCGGAAACAUCCACGGAAAGCCUCCAUCCUCAAUAUGCCACUGGUGACAACCCUCUUCUACUCCUGUUUCUACCACUACACAGAGCCUGAGGGAACAUUUAGCAGUCCCAUCAACCUGAAAAAAACCUUUAAGAUUCCUGACAAGCAGUAUGUUUUGACGGCGCUGGCUGCCCGUGCCAAACUCCGAGCAUGGCAAGAUGUGGAUGCUCUCUUCACCACCAAGAAUUGGCUGGGAUACACCAAGAAGAGAGCUCCCAUUGGCUUCCACCGAGUUGUGGAAAUUCUGCAUAAGAACAAUGCCCCUGUCCAGGUCUUACAGGAGUAUAUCCGACUAGUGGAAGAUGUAGACACAAAGCUGAAUCUAGCCACCAAAUUUAAGUGCCAUGAUGUUGUUAUUGAAACAUAUCGGGACCUAAAGGAUCGGCAACAACUAGUAGCUUACAGGGAUAAGGUGGAUAAAGCUUCUGUAGAGGAGGAGAAGAUUGACAGCAUUCUCAGUAAUUUGCAAAUUCGAUGGAAGAACUAGUUGGAAAGUAGUGAACCAAGGAACUUUGCUGUUUGCCCUCUUCCUGUUCCCAAGAGAGGAGGGAGGAGCUCUUCCAGAGAGAGGUGCUCUUUGCCACAUCAUUUGGACCUAUCACCAACAUGCAAAACCUGUGCCUGAGUCAGAUCAGUACUUGGACCAGAACAUCUUCAAACUGAGCCUCAGACCAGAGGACACUUAUGAUGGCUGAAUCUUGAAGCUGUGAUUCUCAAAACCCUGCUGACUGGGUGCUGUUGUGAAGGUCAGGGGCAGACAGUUUCAAAUUUGUGCCUCUGUAGGGCUCGUUCUUGCUUUGAUGGAGAUGAUUGCCUCAGAAAAGAGGUGUGUUGGCCUGAACAGUGUCAGUCAUCAUGGAGCUGGAAGCUCUCCUUCCUGGUGGUGGAACUGUGGCUAUUCUAAGGCGUCAGAAGGCUGACUAGAUGCAUCUUCAUCAAAGGAGCAGAAAGAGGGUGCUGUAGUUUUGCUGGGAAUAUGACAUUGAUAACUGAUUCACAUUCGUUCUUACCAUGCCCUCUGAAAUUGUUUUUCCAGUAAGUGCCCCCCUGCUAUGCCCCCUCACCUCCUUUCCCAAGAGAUUGGGGUUGCUUUCUCUUGUACACUGAGGUGUCUUUCUUGGGCUGGUGAUGAGACCAGAUCCCCAUUAUUUCUUCUUCUACUCCCUUCGGAUGGUCUUCUAGCCCUUUAUUGGGAGCUUCAGCUAGGUCUACCUGGCGUAGACGCAAACUCAGUCCUGCCUCUGGCCUACUGUGGGUUAUGAUGGGGGUCACACUUUUUUUCAUCCUUGAUUUUCACAAGGGCAUCCUGCAAUGCUUGCCUACUACUCUGCGCCAAGCUCAGUUUCCUUUCACUCUGGGCUCAGAACUGGCUUGCCUUGCCCUCACUAGGCUCCUAAUAAAGCUGUUUCUGUGCCUCCCUA